CUGAAUGAACCAGGAAUCAAAGUGAAUUCUAGAAAUAAGCGUGGUUUGUUGUGCUCGUCUGUACAGGAUCAAGUCCCUUUGCAAAUCUUAAUACUGAAUGAGAUCCAACCUGACCGUCAUUGUGAACAAAUGGCUUCCCGCGAGGGUGAGAAAAUUGGAAAUGUUGAUUGAAGUAGUUCAUGUUUACAGCAUUACGAAAGUCUGCAGUCUGGCCUUUCUAUUGACAUGCACAAGGAAAUACUUGCAACUAGUUGCGGAACCAGAGCCCAAACUAAGUAAUACUUACGCUUUGUAGGGAGUUAAACGAAGCCAAGCUUCAUUAAGAUUGAGAGUACAACCGACAUUUUAGUAAGAGAGGGAAAUAGAACUUUCGAUACGAACUAUAAACUGUCACUGAUCAUGCAGACGAAAACCAAAAGUCAACAGUCUCUCCUCAUUUCGUUUCUGUGUUAUUAAAAGUUAUGUUUCCAUUACGAGAAUCGUUCCCAUAAUUAAGGCGUUACAUUCUUUGGAAUAGUUGUCGAUCGGCUCUAAUUAUCGUCACAACGCGAUUUCACAUAGAAAUUUAUGUUUCUUACUCGCUGCAAGCUCACAGUAACACUAGUUUCAGUUUGUAGGAACACUCUAAAAUCUGUUACUAGAGAUUCCUGAACAUCUAAUUUUCUUUUCAUUUCAAGCUCAGUGUGAAGUCUGUAUUAAAUAUAAAACUGUUUGAAUCAAUGACACCCAAUUUUGAUCCACAAAACCAGACAGCAAACAAUGUUUGGGACAAAAACAGCCUUGCCAUUUAAUUAAUAUUUUCACAAAUACGAAACUCUUGCAUGGUGAUAUCCAUAAGAUAAUGAUAAAAUAAUACUCAGAUAUGCUAUUUAACAAAAAGGCUGGCUGAUAGAAACGCUGGACAGAUACAAAGACCAGCAAAAAUGAAAUACAGGAAAGGGAUGGAAGGGUCAAAAAGAAAUAUCUUCUUGGAAUACAAAUGAGGUUUUCUAUAUAUUUGCUAACUAGCUAAGCAAUCAAGCAACUGAUAUAAAUUGCUAAGUAAUCUUUUAAAUACCUAUCUUGACAUCAGUGUACUUUUACUUGCAAUAUAGGGAAACUAACUGACAGGAAAAGUCUGCUUUAAUGUUAAAUUACUUGUACACCAUGAUGAUGCAAGACUGCAUAUUUCUGUACCAAUUUGUUAUGUUUGUAAUUUAGAAGUACAUAACCUGAUAAUGGGUGAUGUUUCCCAAAUGCAAGAUUGUUUUGUUAAAGGAGAUUGGUCUUAAAUUUGCUAUUCUUUUAUUUGCAUUUGCUGUUUUGUGAAGAUUAAGAAAUUAAUUGUGAAAAGUUGCAUAGGUUGUAGAAAACUAUCAGUUCAACUCUUCCUACAUAAAUGAUUUUUAGGAAAUUUACUCACAGCUCUUCAUGGGAGGGGGUAGGGGCAACUUAACCCCUUUUUUGUGCUGAGCUUGCUCACCGUGGCAUUCUCAAAACCCUUGAUACCCCCAGAUUCUCUCCCAUUUAUGAUACAACUAUUAACCUCUUAAACUGUCUGUCUCAGAAUGUAUUAAUUUUGUAAGGGGGAAGUACACUCUGGUAGCAGGUACUCUGGUAGCAUUCUGGUACACUCAGGUAGCAGGUACUCUGGUAACUGUGGUGCUGCAUUGGUGGAAGAGUGUAGCAGGUAAUUUAAUGUUAACAACUGAGUUGAAAAAUGUAAAUUGGCUACUGUAAAGAGUAAAAAGCUGACCUUUUGAGCAUUAGCCCUUCAUUAGAGUAAUUGACGAAGGACUAAUGCUAGAAAUGUCAGCUUUUUCACUCUUUACAGUGGCCAAUUUAUGUUUUCAACUCAGUUGUUGACACUAAAUUACCUAUUAUGAUGCUAGUUUGGAGAAUUUGAUAUUGGAUCAGCUAAUAAUCCUCUAAUUGAUAUUUUAAUCUUUAUUGUCAUCACUUCUCUGCUUGGUAUUGUACAUGUAAGGAGAAAUUCUGUCUUGGUCACUUAUUGAAGUUAUAGGAUUAACACAAAAUACUGUUGUAAGCAUUUCAAUAAUUAGUUCUUACAAUUCAAUCUGUCAAGUUUAAAACUAAAUUUUGGGUACCAAGAAAAUGAAAGCUUAUAAUUUACACUUUUCCUUUAGUUGGCCAAGAUAAUUGAAAGUAACAUCUUCUCCAUUAUAAAUCCAGGUAUCUCUGGCAAUGAUGGCACAGAAACAGAAGAGUUUCCUGCCCCAUCAUUUGAAGAACAGUUUAAAGACUUGACCUCUCUCAUCUCCUUUUUUGAGGAAUGCUCAAAGCAAACAUGUGAGUUUAUUGACAAUAUGAAAGAGAAGUUCCCUGACAGCUUGAAAACA